AUGUCGUCCGCAAAGACCGACUUGUCGACGCGCAAUCGCAGUGACUCUGCGGCAAGUUCCGAGCUGCCAGAGCAUGAGCACAAGCGUCCGAGGCUGAGUGACGCGGAGCCUGAUGAGGCCCAUAUCAUGUCUGAUCUUCAACAUCACGACCCUCAUCCUGCUCCUUCCAGCAAAGGUCAUGAGGAAGGAGGUCGCAGCCGUACCCCGCCAUUACCUCCUCGAGCCGUGAUCGCCCCUGCUGCCGCCGCCGCCAUUUCCCCCACCAGCAAAGUGACGAUUAAUACUCGUCCUCUAUCUUCCCAAUCUGUUACACAGCCAACCACAGGAAGCAUGUCGUCGACCUCACCUGCCUUGGAAGCAACUGCCAGUUGUGGCGAUGGGACGCAGGACUCCAGACCAGUUGUUGAUCCUCAAGACACCAUCUCCAUCCCUUCCUCCGGGAGCAAGAGUCCUGAAAUCGAGAUUGCCGAGGUGGAAGAUUAUGACCAAGACCCUGCUAGGACGAGGUGGACAGGUCGUGUUGGUAGCACGGGUGGAGGAUCGAUCCCUCGAACCAUUCAAUCUGGUCAUGUUUUCCGCACAUUCCCAUUCGCACAGGAGAUGACCCCUGGAAGCACUCAUCGGAUGGUUGCCAGAAUUGCCGACCGAUUUCAAAAUGCUGGGCCGCAGGAUGGAGACAUCUUCCGUCAAGUUAAGAACUGGAUGGUCGACUUCCUCUCCUUGUGCGAUGAGUUCACGACAAGCAUCUACGAAGAGGACCGGGAAUUUUGGCAGCACCUACCAGAUCUUGUCGAAUGCUUGUUGAGACGUGAGGCAGGCCCCCCUGCGCAGGCGCGAACGGAAGACCUCGUCGAUUUCUUCGUGGCGUAUGGCCAACUCACGAAACUCAUCUUGGAUUACGAUACUCGCAACCUUCGGACCAUGUCAGACACUACAGACGCCCGGCGGCUGAAGAGCCUGACGUUGGUGUCGGGUACCUAUCUGCAACCACUCGUCUGGCUUUCACAAAACAGGAUACCCUUCUAUGAAGCUCUGCGAACUUCAUUCGAUUUCGAUGUACCCCAAUUCCUCACAUUUGUCAUUGACAGACUUGGAGAUCGUUCAGCGACCGCAUUGUUGCCAUCUGUUUCGGCACUCCUACCGGAAAUAUGUGCAAUCCUACCAAAGAAACCGGACUGGUUCAGACACGUUACCUCUCUCUUGCUCCUGACCAUGCACCUGAUGGGUCCGCUUACCAGUACUGUCACGGGCGACCUUGGUUAUGAAUAUUCGAAAUUCUCGCACCUCGACGCCAUCCGAGAUGAUGCCGCAGAGAUCAUACUGAAGGCUGAUGACAUUGUCCAGCAGGCCAUUGUGAAGCAAGCGUCCUGGCUCAACCUCGAGACCGCCCCGAAGAUCAUCGAGUACCUUGGCCCGAUCAUGGCAAGCAUAGCAGUUGAGAUCCCUGCAAUUGGUCAAGAGAUCAUCUCCACGGCCGGCGUUGGCUUCGCAGAUUCUGACCUUACGGAUCUGCCGGUUACGAUGCCUCACGCCUGGAAAUUCAAAACACUACGAAAAUUCGUCACCCACGGCCGCAUGGAGCUUCGUGUAUAUGGGGUGGACGUCAUGUCGAAUGAACUCAUCCAAAUCUACAGAGACCACAUUCUCGGAAAGCCACCGCCUCCGACAGCAGAUCCGUUGAUUCGGUUUCUGGUCAAGUUUAUCGAGGAGAACCAGCUUGUCGACUAUAUCGUGGGCGUCCACUCGCAUCCACAAAUCAUUCGCCGUGCCCCCAACAUUGUCGGCUUCCUCUGUGUCUCCGGAACAUAUACCGAUCGUCAUACCGACAUAAUCUGGAAAACGAUCGCUGAGAGUGAAGACCCUAACACGGUGCACGAGGUGUUCAGUCUGUUGCAGCAGUGUUUUCACGUCUAUAACACACAAGCACUAUACUACCUCUGUCAGAAACUUUUGGACUACCCGUUCCAGCGCUUGGACCUUCAUGCCUUGAGUUUCAUCAUCACCGUCUUUGAUAACAUCAGGGGUCAUGUCAGUCAGACGCCGCAACAGACUAACAUGGUCAGCAACGCAAUCUCGCGCCAGUUGUGUAUCAGAAUGCUGAGAGAGGCGUCGAAGAAGGAAAAUGUCCAUUUGGCACAUGCGGCCCAUAUCAGACGAGAAUUCCCUCAACAAAUGAAGAACCUUCUUGCCUUGGGUCAAACCGUUGUCAAAGAUGCCACUAUUGGCGACGAUGAGCAGGCGGAGAUGGUAUCGGAGAUUGUCGACAAUAUCAGAGCGCACAACGACCAAGCCACUGGUGACAUGCAAGUUCUGACCUGUCUUCUAUCCAUGUUGGCACAAGAAGCUCUACAGAAGUUGGUACAAAAGUUCGACCUAUCAAGUUUAGUGGUGGCCGACUUUGCGCAUCUGCACGAGCAAUAUCGUAUUGCGAGCGAGCUGGAUGCACCACUUUUGUAUUUUGAGGUGCUGUACGAUAUCAGAUCUGACCUCCUCUACCAUCUCAUCCAUCUGGUGCCCGAGUCAUUCACCGAAGAGUUGGUUGGCAGCCUUUGGACAUCGCUUUUCACAGCGAGAGAGCUUUCUGCCUCCAUCAAAGCCAGAGCAUGGGAAACUCUCAUACUGGCCAUACGACAGAAUCGGCCCAAUCCAUUUCUCAAUUUGGUUAUUGAUGAAUAUCUCCAGAGACUUGCACCUCAGGAUUACAGCGAGACCGUCCUGGAGUUUCUCAAAGCAUCCGUUUACCACACCAUUGGACGGUCGUUGCAAGCCCCGGUAGAUUCUGGCGAGGUUGUAGUCAUUCCGGGACUGGAAAGAUUGUGGAAAGUGAUGCUUGAAGCACCACCGAAUACCGUGGAAAAUCAGGCGACAGAUCUCAUCAUCAAUUUAUACCUGGAUAAUGCUCUUGUCACACGACGGCCAAAGUCUGCUAUCCACGCGACGCACUCCUCUCUGGUUGAUCGCUGCGUCCAGCAGGUGAUCACAUCAGCCUCGAAGCUCAAAUCGUACACAGACGGCAUCACGAGUGGGGAAGAUGAACCCAUGGUGAUCAUUGCAUCCGAAGACGAAAUUCGUGCAGAGGAAUUGAGAUUCGACCGCUCGCUCUUGUUCUUGAGAAAGUUUCUCGAAGGGAUGAAGUCGAGACCGAGGUACAGUCCGGUUCCUGGUCAACAUGAACAGGGUCUCCCAGAGUUUCAGUCCAGAAAAGGGGAAAGCCUCGAGCUGAACGUCCAGAUCUAUGGGAGUAAAUAUGUCAAAAAUGACAUGCACAAGCUCGCUAUCGGUUCUGAAAACACAGCUGACCAGUUGUUCAAGUACCUGUCCAAUGCUAGUGGCUUCAUGCAGUUCACAGUCUAUCACUAUGGACGACAGAUCCCGUUGGAAGGGCGAGAUUCUACCAUCGCAGAGAUGAAGCUAUCUCGAGGUCUUCUCAUCGUCAAUAAGACCGCCAACAGCCCGGAAACCAUACCUCGACAGGUUCGGGCUGCUUCGCCGGUGGACAACAAGAUUUUGCAUCACUUUGACGACCUAUACGAUCUCCUGGAUGCAGACGAACGACUGUCCAGGGAAGUUUACAGUUUUCUCAGCCUGUUCUCCGCUCAAACCGAAGUGGUUCGGAUCGUGAGAUCUCGAGAAAGCUCGCCCACAGAUCUCCUGCCUCCUAAUCGACCUUACAAACUCCUAUACUGUGCGAGGGCCUUGAGGUCAUGCAUCGAGGAUGAGUCUUUCAGUGCCAAUCCCGAUACUCAAUUCCUUGUCUACAGCGUUCGAACAAUCAUAGCCGUUUUCCCGAAGCUGGACCUGAGCAACCCAAGCGACGCUCUACAGGUGUCAAUUGCCCGCGGGUUGGUCGAAGCACUUCUUCUGGCGUUUCGAGCGAAAGUGUCGCAGGAGAUCUCGCGUGAAUACGUCGAGGACCACGGUCAGUUCGCAGCGCAAAUGUCAAGGCUGCUGCGCUUCUCUCUUGGGAAUUUUGACAACACUGGUGAUUUGUCAACAUCGGUCAUGGUCAAGCUGAUAAUGGAAACGUUCAUUGAGGCAUGCUUGCACGAUGAUCGCAUCUGGGAUCAUCUUAACGCCGAGACAAACUUUGGAACUCUGACCAUGACUGCAUUUGUCAGAGAUCCCCGUGUCGAGGUACGACACUCGCUACUAGAAGUUGUGGUAGGCUUGACUGGCGCCGCUGGGCUGAAAUUGCAGCUCAAGGUUAACAAUCCACGGGCACCACGAUCUCGAUUUCCAGAAACAGUCAUUGAAAGCUGCCUAUCGCAUAUCUGGGAGGCCUUGGUCGGUGUUUUGCCAGAAGCUUGCCAGCACCCCGAGCAAUGUUCCGAAUUUUGCGAGACGAUGCUUUCCAUCAUGAGGAGAAUCGGCAAAUCCUUUUCGAUUCCCACUCUAUGCAAAUAUCUUGACCGAUGGUGUACCAUGCUCGUCAAUCACAAGCAUGUGGAGGUGGUAGGUCAGCCGCUUCGGGACCAUGUCGUCGCAAGCCUCACCAAACUUUUGCUUGAAUGCUCCCGGCUAUUGAAGAAUGCAAAGGCUCUACCAUCCAGGAGUCUCGUCCUCGACGAUAUCAUCUCACUUUUCCUGUUCCCUCCACUGUCUGAGGACGGAUUGGCAACAGAGAGUACCAUCAAAGUACCGGUACUGGAUAUCACCGUACGAGAAAGUCUCUACAAUUUCAUCCUGACCCUAUGCCAAGGACCUCAAGAUAUUGCGACUGUUGUGAGCAAGCUGAGCGAUGAUUUGCUCCCGAAAGACUUUUUUGAGCCAGCCUUUGGGCAUGAUCGCCAGUGUCUUCGCUCGGAGGUUGGCUAUGCAGGCCUUCGAAACCUCUCCAACACGUGCUAUCUUAACUCCCUGUUCUCUCAACUCUUCAUGAACGUGGAGUUUCGCGAUUUCUUCCUGACUGGUCCUGGUUUGCAUGGGCCAAAGAAGAAAUUGGUCGCGGAACUUUCCAAAGUGUUUGCUCACAUGCAAAACUCGUACGAGAAGUCCAUCGAUCCGUCUGUGGCUGUGGAAGCAAUCACGACCUAUGAAGGCGAGCAGAUAGAUGUUACCGUGCAAAUGGAUGUGGAUGAAUUCUUCAACCUACUCUUUGACCGCCUCGAGGGACAAAUCGACCAUCAGGCCAGGGAGGUCUUCAAGUCUAUGUACGGCGGACAAUUGGUACAACAAGUCAAGUCCAAGGAGUGCGAGCAUAUCUCGGAGAGACUGGAGCCAUUCUCGGCGGUUCAGGUGGAGAUCAAAGGCAAAGCUCGUCUAGAAGACAGCCUCCGCGCCUAUGUCGAAGGAGAAGUCCUGCAAGGCGAGAACAAAUAUUCUUGCACUUCUUGUGGGCGUCACGUCGAUGCUGUCAAGCGGGCAUGUCUGAAGGACGUUCCAGACAAUCUCAUUUUCAACCUCAAACGCUUCGACUACGACAUCAUGACUGGAACGCGAGCCAAGAUUAACGAUGAAUUCCAGUUUCCUGAUACACUUGACAUUGCUCCAUAUACUCUCGCACGACUCAGUGACGAGGAGACGGACGGGGAACCAGAUUAUUUCCAGCUCACUGGCGUUAUCGUCCAUUCCGGUACGGCCGACUCAGGGCAUUAUUACUCUUUCAUCCGUCAACGACCGUCCGCGAAACCGGUUCAAGAAUCUUGGGUUCAAUUCAACGACCAAGAGGUUGGUGCUUUUGACCCCAGCCAGAUGCGGGAGAUGUGUUUCGGGGGCAGCGCCGACCUUGGCUUCUAUCCUUUGUUGAAGCUUAACAGUGCAUACAUGCUGUUCUAUCAGAGAACAUCCAGCAUCGAGAGAGUCGAACAGCGAUAUCGUCAACAUGACGCCAUCAAUCCUGUCCGCCUUCCUCUCCCGCCGGGAAUGGAGCAAUUCAUUGCGCAGCAAAAUGAAUUGUUCUUACGCUCGUACUGCGCCCAGGACAGCUCCCAUGCACAAUUCGUUCGUCAAUUGCUCGAACGAAUGCGUUGCGGUGGGGACGGGUGCAGUAACGACCACACCCUCGAGUCCAUCACAAUUGAAAUGGCGCUAGAGUAUGUCCGGCAGAUUUCAAGUCGCUGGAAGGAGUGUCCGUCGGUUGAAGACACUAUAAAGACGCUGGAUCAAUAUUCCGAAAAGUGUCUGAACUGCUCCAAAACCAUCGCACAAUGGUUCUCUGCCAAUCGGGUCCUUGAAGAUGUGAUCGUGCGGAGCCCAUACCAGCUUGUCAGAAAGUCUUUUGCCCAUCUCUUCUGCGUGGUGUUCAGUCGACUCAACAUGGCCAAAGAGACCAUGGAACCCACGGAUGCGAAUUAUGCUGGGUUGGUCACGGACUACAACAGAUCUCUUUCGGAUUGUGUCGGGCAACUGUCCCAACUAUGGGAAUUUGUGACCAGGAGCGGGCGGUGCUGGAACGAGUACUUCGGUAUCUUGAUUAUCAUUCCGAAGUGGGGAGAUGAGGAGGCCACGAUGCUUCUCGACGAAGGGUUGCUCCAAAACUGCAUUGACCUGAUCAUGAUUCAUCUCAACAACCCAACAGAUUUCCCAAUAUCCAGGAGGCUAAGAGCGCGAUACGCCACGUACCUUAACGCACGCGAAAGAAACCGGCCAUUCAACCAUGGACUUCUGGUCGUCCUUUUUGUGGACAUGUUGUUGAGGGUCGACCUUCAUAACAUACCGGAUGGCGAUUAUCGUAUUUCCGACAAGAAGAUUGGCCUUACGCCCCGUGAACUCCAAUGUCUGGGUAUUGCCAGCGUCCCUCCUCAACUGGAAUGGCUCCGACGACUCAUCGCAGGCCGAUAUGAUGCUGCAUCGAUUAACAGUCUCGUUGCGUAUCUGGCUGUGGACCGCAGACUCGCUGGGUCCCUCUCGGAUGUCCUCUUGAAAGGGUUGAAUGACCGGAUGAUCAACAUUGCUAUCAGGUUCCUUCGACCGGUCUUGAUCUUCUGCGAGAAUUGCCGAUCGGAAAAUCAAGUCACUGAUCUCGUGCAAUCAGCGCUGGAGAGCAUUUCUACGGUCGGCAUCGAAUAUGCUAGGGAGUAUUUUGAUUUUGUCGAUGCCCUCUUGAAAGUGCAAAACCCGUUCCUCAACAACGGUCCCGGUUUCAUGGAGGAAAUGGUUCUGCAAUCUCUCCAGCAUUGGGCACCGAUUUUUCUUCUCGCACCAAGCGACAGUCGAGGCAACAUUCGAAUAGCAACCUUCGAUCUGCUGAAGCGGAUUCUGUUCACUCCUCUCCGUGUGGCUGAGGAGCAGGACCAAGAUCCAGAAACCAUUCGAGUCCUUCAUGCUGCUUGCCAGGAUCUCGCAUGUUGCGCACACAACUUCGUCCAAGGAACCUUCCUGAAUGCUCGGAGCCGGGAGAAUUCAACUCUCCAGCCCGGGCAGGCCAGUCAACUGAUUGACGUGAUCGAACAUUGUUUGAACUUCUUUGAUACCGACAAUCCGCUCCAGGAAGAAAAGAUUACGGAAAUACAGGCUACAAUGGGCGCCUUGAAGGCCAAGGCCGAGUCAUCACUUGAAACGUUGAGCUCGGCCGAAUGGCAGGAGAACAGCAGUGAGAUGGCGGAAAUGAGUGCGGAGGAUUACGAGGACGCGCUCAGUCCCUGA